AUGACAAGAGGGGUUGACUUUUCAGCAAGGACCGAGUGGACUGUGCAGUGUUACUGGAAGCACGAGUCAUAUGACUACAGCGUGUCUAUAAUCACUAUUAAAUCAAAGCUAGAAUUGUCUAAUUUGGCUAUACAAAGGUAUUUUGAGAUUCCCCUGGUUGCUCUCGCUGCUUUCCUUGCUUCCUGCCGUUGUGACUAUGGAUCCCACCACAUCUGCAGAACUCUGCCUUGCGCUACAAGUGGGGCGCGUUGCUUUUGCACUGGCGAACCGGAGGGAUCCCAGCGCUGGCUGCGCGUCGCUCAGAGGGACGCUGUAGGAAAGCUGCAGGGUGAGGAGGCUGCGAGCUCUGCCUGGCGGUGCCAGGCCCGUGAGAGGGACCGUGCACUCGCACGCUUCAUGACGAACGCGCGUCUUCGACGUUACGCCAGCAUCUUCGCAGACAGAGGGCUUGACGGAGGAAAACCUCAAAAGUGGUACGAGUUUGCCGUAGGGCAGCCGUCGUAUUCUCACCGGCACCACGUCUGCUCCUCGAACAGGCUGCGUGGAUCCAAGAGGAGGGAGUUUGUGCUUGAAAAAGCUACCAAUGAAUGUAACACCAGUGAGGACUGGGGUCUUAUUCUGGAUAUCUGCGACAAAGUUGGAAGUACUCCCAAUGGAGCAAAGGAUUGCCUUAAAGCCAUCAUGAAGAGAGUAAAUCAUAAAGUUCCCCAUGUGGCUUUGCAAGCACUUACACUUUUAGGAGCCUGUGUAUCAAACUGUGGAAAAGUAUUUCACUUGGAAGUAUGUUCUCGUGACUUUGCUAGCGAAGCUCGAGGUAUAAUAAAUAAGGCUCAUCCAAAAGUAUCGGAAAAGCUAAAAACUCUAAUGGUGGAGUGGUCGGAAGAAUUUCAGAAAGACCCGCAGUGUAGCUUAAUAUCUGCGACUAUUAAGUCUUUAAAAGAAGAAGGUGUAACUUUUCCUGCCGCUGGAUCGCAGGCUACCACAAACGCUGCUAAGAAUGGCUCAUCGUUAAGUAAGAACAAAGAAGAUGAAGACAUAGCUAAAGCUAUCGAAUUGUCUUUGCAAGAGCAGAAACAGCAACAAAUGGAAACUAAAUCCUUGUACCCGUCUGCAGAAAUUCAGCAAAACAAUCAGAACUCGAGGAAGGUGCGAGCUCUGUAUGACUUUGAAGCCGUCGAGGACAAUGAGCUCACCUUCAAAAGCGGCGAAAUUAUUUUUGUUUUGGAUGACAGUGACACCAAUUGGUGGAAAGGUGAAAAUCAUAGAGGAGUAGGACUGUUUCCAUCUAAUUUUGUGACUUCUGACUUAAAUGUGGAACCUGAGGCGGCAACUGUGGACAGAACUUGUGUUCCUGAGGAUACCACAGAAGAAAUUCAGAAGGCAGAGCCUGAGCCAGUCUAUAUAGAUGAGGAUAAGAUGGAUAAAACAUUGCAGGUGCUUCAGAGUAUAGAUCCUACGGAUUUAAAGCUUGAUUCUCCAGAUCUUCUAGACUCAGAAGAUAUUUGCCAACAGAUGGGUCCGAUGAUAGACGAAAAACUAGAAGAGAUAGAUAGAAAACAUUCAGAAUUAUCUGAAUUGAAUGUGAAAGUUCUAGAAGCUCUGGAGCUCUACAACAAGCUGAUGAACGAAACGCCGAUGUAUUCGGCCUACUCAAAACUCCACCAUCCUGCACAAUACCCACCUACAUCUUCUGGUGUUUCCGUGCAGUCGUAUCCUGUACAGCCACCUAGUGGGAACUACAUGAUCCAGGGUGUUCACCAAGUCACCAUCUCCCCAGGUUAUAGCCUAGGACCCGAUCAGAUGGGGCAGUUGAGGUCUCUGCCUCAAAGUAUAAAUUCGUCUGGAGCCACUCAGCCAGCUCAAGCUGCGUACUUAAGCCCAGGACCAGAUUCUGUGUUAAACCAGACGUACGUGAACCAGAGCGCUGGCCUUCCGUCAGCUGCCAGCGCAGCUGCUUACACCCAGCAGCAGAUGGGGAUGUCGGUGGAUAUGUCGGCUUACCAGAGCAACGCGGCGAGUUUGCCUCAAGGACCAGGGUAUCCCGUGGCGGUUCCUGCUCAUUCCGUUCUACAGCAACAAACAAAUUACCAUCAACAGCCUCUCCUUUAAGAACAAACCAGCUCGUAUUUCUGAAUUAAUGAACAAAGGUUGCCUGACGUAAUGAUUUUUAUCAAUACCUGUCACGGAUAU